UACACCUUAUACUCCAGCUUCUACCUCUACUACUGUAGCUAGAAAUGAGACGGUUUUGCUGACAGACGAAAUUAAGAAAUAUGACACGGCCAAACUUAUAGAAUUUUUGCAAAAACAGGGCUUAAGUCUUAGCGAGACAGUUAUCAAAAUUUUAGAAGAAGAAGAAAUUAAUGGCUGUACCUUCUUCAAGAUAAUUAAAGAAGAGCUUGAGCGUUAUGAAAUGAAAUUGGGAUCUGCAACAGCUCUCGUAGACUUCGCUAAGGACUGUAAGGAUAAAAAAUUAAAAGCGUUCUCCUCGUACAAGACCAAGGUAAACUUGGAGAAAGUAUUGCAAGAAGAUUAUAAAAUCUCGAGUGGAAAUAUUACUCUUAUUCCACAGUUCAAACCAGUUAUCUGCCUGGUUGAUGAAAACUCUCCAGAAUUUAAGCUCUGCAUUGAUGAUAUUCUUCGCAGGAUAAGGAAUAUGAGACCAGUUGUAGAUAGUAACGAGGCUAUGCGUUGCGACGAGAUAAAUACUGGUCGUGUUGACUAUGCAAUCAAAAAAAUUCUAAAUGACUUGCUCGAAGAAAUAAUUUGCAUAACCGAGGGUAAACAGAAUCAAGCAACUAUGGAUGAAUAUAAAUAUGAGCAAGAAAAAAAAAGCACUGAGGGCAUCUAUAGUACUAGCAGGAUCGAAUAUCGAAUUUCACUUACAGAAAACGCUCUUCAAGACGAUAUAGAAUUACGUAAGAAUGUGAAGAGGAUUUUAGAGGUUAUAGUAGGUUUAUUAAAGGAUAGAGCACUAGGUAGUGAGGAACCCACAACUAAGAAGAGCUGUGUAGAAGAGAUAAUCAAGAAAAAAUAA